AUGCACCGCGCUAUCCUUGCGGACGGCACCUAUCCUUGGAACAAAGUCCGCGACCCAACCUAUUCCAGCAUCGUUGUUCCGUCGUGGAGCGCAACAGCAGAACAGUUAAGAUUGGCAACGUUCGUCAAGUACUGGUAUCAGGGCACUCGUGACGAUAACGCGAGCCUGCGAGGCAGCUAUGUUGUUCUCCGCCGUUACCUCAACGGUAAUAUUGACUGUUCCUUCUCAUUUAAAGUUACAAAGCCUUUUACCCGAGUUCCACCUAAGAAAAGAUUUUCAAGGCUUCUCUGGCAUUGGUGGAGGCCUGGGGCGACGGUGCUGUCUUUCAGUCUAUCACCAAAUCCGAAAUUCAAGGCACUUGAUGUUACAUCUAUCGACAAAAAGUCCCCUGCGAGUAACGCCACCCUGAUUACAGAAGAGAAGGUCAAGAAACGGAAGAACCCUCAACAACCUUUUUGGUCCGGUCAAGGACAUCUUGACUCACUGGGUGUGGUAAACAAUGCCAGCAUCGUCAUGGUGGGCGACACCAAGCUUGACAGCCCCAGACUUGUCAUCGUAAAUAAUGAGGGGUUGUUUGCUGAUAUCCCGAGGUUAAAUAGCUCAGACCCCAGAGUGGCAGCAAGGGAGAACCAGUUGACCCCGCGCCGGAAAGGUUUACCCCCCGGACUAGCCAAUGCUACGCCUAUUCCCGGCCAUAUUUCUCAAAGAAACUGAGUGGUCUCCGCUUCGAUCAAGGGUACUGGUGGAGCUGAUGGCUUGAGUAGUACUCGUGACAUGUGUGGGGGAUGGAGAGGCGGGGGAAAUCACACCAUGAUGUCAAUUCCGCCGAGCAUGUUGCCCAAGUUAUGGAGUUUCCUCGGAAGCACUAACGGCCGGACCCAACAAUAAAUGGGCCUCAUCUGUG